AUGUCUUCUCUCCCUGACUCCCAGCGCGACAGUUCCUCCGACCAGCCCGCUGGACAGUCUGACCGGCCUGAACGGUCGCGCAAUGCUAAAGCCCAGGCGCGCCACCGCGCAAAGCGAAAAGCGUACAUUGAGCAGCUCGAACAGACCGUGACGAAGCUGCAAUCUGUGCUCGCCCUCACACCCGACCAAGUCGCCGCCAUCCCGCCACCACUGGUGCGGAUACGCGAGCUCGAACAGGAGAACGAGAUGCUCCAUCGAGAAGUCCAGGAGCUGCGCCGACAACUAGACAUGCGGAGCGCGCCGCUCCGACCUGACAUGCGCCGCGAGUCGUUCGCCACCACGGAGGACCACCGAAGCGCGGACCGCGAAGCAAAACGACGCAGAACGUCGGACGCGGGCGGUCUAUACGUGGUGGGCACACACUGA